AUGCAGCGAAUUUUUGGCAAAAUACCAGCAAUCGCGGCCAUCAACACACCCUCAACAAUUCUACGAGGGAUUUCAACAACAUCUGUACAACUAAAAGCGAAUGAGCGAUUGAGAGAUGAAGAAAUAGUACACGCUUUUGAUAGAAUUUCUGUUGUAGAUGCACUCACUGGCAAGCCUCAACGAGCAGAGGAUAGCAGUGAGGUAUUACGCCGGCUAGAGCGAAGCAAAUACCGCCUAGAGCUGGUGUCACAGAGUGCAGACACACCGCUAGUUAAAAUUAUAGACAAGGGCGACGAAUACCGCAAGGCGAAAGAAAAAGCAGGGAGGGAGAAGGAAUUGAAAGCAGCGAGCAAGGCUAAGAGCAAAAUGGAAAAGGAAAUACAACUAACAUGGAUGACUAGCUCGCAUGACUUAUCGCACAAAUUGAGGAAAGCACACGACACUCUCUCCCAGAAAGGCAAAGUAUCGGUGGUCUUUGCGAACAGCUCAGCACAUAAACGUGUGGGUGACCCCGAGAAGGAAUCCAUUAUCCGCAGUGUUGAAACGCAGUUGGGUUUGGGUACAAAUACAAAUGUAGUGAGGUGGAAAGAGACGGAGAGGAGUAAACGUUUCUGGGCUGUACAUUUGAAAGGGACUUAG